CAAGACGCGGCACCGCGUGUACUGUGUUGACUGUCAAAGUCUCAGCGAGCCCAGUUCCCGGAAGCUGUGAGUUCUGAGCAAAGUUCUUUCACUUCGGUGCUGGAGUCUGCGAAUUCCCAACUAUGAGCGCCCCGGGCGUACAGUCCUUUACCCAGCAGGGCUGGGACCAGGUGCUUACCAAAGUGAAACGGGCUCUGGUCUACCUGGACGCCGCCAGUGCCGAGAGCCUGCACUGGGGCUGCGGAUCCACCCGACUCUUGGAGGCGGUGGGGAGUCCUGCGUGUCACUUGCGAGAGUUCGAGCCCGCGGCAAUUGGUGGCGGAGCUCAGCAGCCCAAGGCGGUGUUUGUACUGAGCUCCCUACUGAAAGGCCGAACCGUGGAAAUUCUACGGAACAUCAUCUGCCGCAGUCACUUCCAGUAUUGUGUGGUGGUCACUGCCGUGAACCACGAUGUCCACCUCACAGCUAAUCACGUGUCAGCGGUGGCAGCUGCUGAGCUGGAGGGGCAGCAGCCGGUGUUCGAGCAACUGGAGGAGAAGCUGUGUGAGUGGAUGGGCGACAUGAACUACACUGCCGAGGUGCUGCACAUCCCGUUGUUGCUAGCUCCUGCUGCUCCCCACCUUGCCUUGACUCCAGCUUUUGCUUCCCUUUUCCCAUUGCUAUCCCAGGAUGUGCAUCUUCUUAAUAGUGCCCGACCGGACAAGAGAAGGCUGGGGAGCCUGGGUGAAGUGGAUGCCUCUGCCCUGACCCCUGAACUGCUACUGCAGAUCAGGUGCUUGGUGUCAGGCCUCAGUUCUCUGUGUGAGCAUUUAGGAGUACGGGAGGAGUGUUUUGCUGUAGGUCCCUUCAGUCGGAUCAUUGCUGCUGAUCUGGCUAAUUAUGCCCCUGCCAAGAACAGGAGGAAGACUUCUGCAGGCAGGGCCUCAGUGGUCUUUGUGGACAGAACUCUGGAUCUCACAGGAGCAGUUGGACAUCAUGGCGACAACUUGGUAGAGAAGAUCAUUUCAGUGCUUCCCCAGCUUCCUGGCCACACCUGUGAUGUGAUGGUUAACAUGGUGGAGCUCACUGCGCUGCAGAAGGAAGAGGAGAAUCAGAAUGUGGUUGCACCAGGCUGUCUUGCACAAUCCAAUGACGCCUCAGCCAAAGCCCUGUGGGAAGCCUUGCUGAACACCAAGCACAAAGAGGCAGUGAUGGAGGUCCGGAGACAUCUAGUGGAAGCAGCAAGCAGAGAAAACCUGCCAAUCAAGAUGAGUAUGGGGAGAGUCACGCCAGUGCAGCUCAUGUCCUAUAUUCAGCUCUUCAAGAACAACCUCAAGGCUCUAGCGAAUCACUGUGGACUCCUGCAGCUUGGACUGGCCACUGUUCAAACUCUGAAACACCCGCAGACUGCCAAGUGGGACAACUUUCUGGCCUUUGAAAGGCUCCUUCUCCAGAGCAUCGGGGAGUCGACAGUGUCUGUUGUGUUAAAUCAGCUGCUGCCCCUGAUUAAGCCUUCAAAUCAGAGGACCAGCGAUGACUACAGCCCUGAAGAACUGUUGAUCCUCCUAAUAUAUAUUUAUUCUGUCACUGGAGAAUUUGCAGAGGACAAAAACCUGGCAGAAACUGAAGAAAAAGUGAAGAAAGCAUUGGCUCAGGUCUUUUGUGAGGAGUCUAAGCUAUCACCUUUGCUGCAAAAAAUCACAGGCUGUGACUCUUCAACUAACCUGACAUUUCACUUCGCCAAAGUUGCCCUGGACGAGCUCUUUACUUCGCUUCGGGAUAUCGCUGGAGCGCGGGAUCUCAUGAAACAGUUUAAGUCUGUAUAUGUUCCUGCAAAUCAUACCCACCAGGCAUCCUAUAAGCCAUUGUUGAAGCAGGUUGUGGAGGAAAUAUUUAAUCCCGAAAGGCCAGAUCCUGUUGAUAUUGAACACAUGUCUUCAGGCCUCACUGAUCUCCUUAAAACUGGAUUUAGCAUGUUCAUGAAGGUGAGCCGGCCUCAUCCCAGCGACCACCCUCUCCUGAUCCUCUUCGUGGUAGGCGGAGUCACAGUCUCUGAAGCCAAAAUGAUCAAGGACCUGGUGCCAUCCCUGAAGCCAGGAACCCAGGUGAUCGUGCUGUCCACGCGACUCCUGAAGCCACAGAACAUCCCUGAGCUGUUAUUUGCAACUGAUCGGCUGCAUCCAGACCUUGGCUUCUGAGCGCCUCCUAAGAAGACAAGAUCUAUCCUAGAAGGACACACCAAUACUAUUACCUGCCACCAUUCCAGAUAUGCCUCCAAAUCUAGUGUCCCUGGUACCAAGUGUUGGUAUGACUGAAUUUUGUCUGACGGGUCCUGAGAACCAUGCAGUGAAGUGGUUUGGUUGGAUUCUUUUGAUUUUUUUUUUUUUUAAAUUACUUUCCUUCCCCUAAAGGUGUCAACUGCCUUUCAGCUGGCCUAAUUCAUAAUAAUUCCCAUUUAUUCUUAAUCCUCUAUUUGUGAUCUUCCUGAUUCCACCUGCAAGUUCAAUAAUUCUAAAAUAAAUGCCUGUUGGGGAGUGUUGGUAGAUUAUAAGCCCUUUGAUCUGCAGUUGCUCGAAAAGAAGUUAGACAUGCUUUAGAAUUAUAAAUGUGAGGAAAGUUUGUUUUUUUUUCUUAAGAUUACAUUACUGAGGAGGGAACAUUGCAAAUAGGAUCUGAGGCUUUGUUUCUCUCUUGAUCUGAGACAUUUUUGAGAAGGGGAGGAAGGGAGAGGGAACAGGCUGGGGCCGCUCGGGUUGUAAAUGGGCCCACGGUGACAAAGGGCUGCAUUGUUCCCGCCUGCGCCCUGGCUGGGCCGCCAGCCUCUGUGCAGCCACUGGGGUGGGGGGGGCGGGGAGGCUGAGUGGGGGACUGUCUCUGCCGGCAAAACGUCCCCUCCCCUCCCCAAGGAAGGCCCCAGUGAAGAUAUCUGGUCCCAGGGAAUCUACAUGUGAACCCUAACCCCUGUGACGUUUGUGAUUUAGUUCCUAUUGAAAUAUAAAGCUCUCUUUUCUGUAAGUCUAAGUAUUUUUUCUGGCCAUUGCAGAAAAACCUAGACCCACCUAGUGAAAUUAUAUAAGAACUCCGGCAAAAAUUAACCCAGACAUAUAUUGGUGUGUGGUUGAUGGGAAUUUCUAGCAUCUCUAAAAUGUGUUUGUAAUAAAGAGAGAAAGCUGAAACAGUGUCUAGUGUGGAUUAAACAGGUAGAGGAAAUAAAAUGUAAAUUGAAGCAUGUGUCUUCGUUGUCAACGAAAUGCUGUCAUUUUAUGAAAAAACUGUGAAGCUAAAAAUCAGUCUGAGACGUAAUCAAAGCAGGUUUAAUAGACACUGACACUGUCUUUGUUCAAGUAUGUUUUCCACCUCACACCAGUUCUUUUAUGGUGCUCAGUGUUGGACACAUCAGAUGCUUCUUUCAUUUUGCUAACCUGGAAGUUUGAAUUUAAAUAAGAAAAUGGCAGCACCCCCCAAAAAAAUGACAAAGAGGAAAUCACUAUUUUCUAAAAU